AUGACUACUUGUAUUCAUUCAUUUUGUAAAGCUCCCACCUUUAUUUUUCCUCCUACUUCUUUGGGCUCAUCCUCAUUUUUCUCAAAACCCCACCAAGCAAAACCAUUGGGGAAGAACAAGGAUUCCCAUAUUCUGGGACAAAGAGGACUGUUGUGUAAGAAAAUAAAAAGAGGGACUCCCUGUGGAGCACUUCUUCCAGUUGAUCCAUGGGCACCCACCAUUGAUUCCCAGAGCAUAGCUUCACAGUUGUUUGCAGCUUCUCUAUUCCCUUACAUUGGUUUUCUCUAUUUUCUCACCAAAUCUAAGUCUGCCCCAAAGCUCACUUUGUUUGGAUUCUACUUCUUGCUCACCUUUGUUGGGGCUACUAUUCCUGCUGGAAUUUAUGCAAAAGUACACUAUGGAACUUCUUUGUCUAAUGUGGACUGGUUACAUGGUGGAGCUGAAUCUCUUCUAACUCUGACCAAUAUAUUCAUUGUGAUUGGAUUAAGAGAAGCUCUGAGGAAAGCUAAAGAUACACAAGAAGAUACACCAAGUACUGUGUCAAGGUUAAAGGAGGAGAAGAAAACUCAACUUUAAGUGGUUUUAAUGUAUGUAUGUAAUUUGGUCUUGUGUUCAUGUCUUCUUGUCACAAUAGCUUUAACUAUUUUGUCUUGUCUUCUUCAACUUUCUCAAAUAAGCUUAAUUUUCCAAUAUUUCUGACAUAAGCUUAUAUUGUGAUAUGGGAUGAAUCCAUUGCAAGAAUUGGGGUGAUGGGGUUGGUAUGUUAAAUUGUAGAAGCUUGUAUGUUGUUCAAUCUCAUGUGUGCUGUAAAAUGAUUUCAUUUUCAGGUGUAAAUAUACAGAUUGAAUUGAUAUCUGAAUUAGAAUGCCCUUUUCUGGUA